UCAUUCGCACAUGCGCAAAUGUUAACUCUGAACUGAAACUUUCGACUCUAUUAGGAAGUAAAGGAGAAAAAAUACAAACCUCUAUGCUUGUCAGUAUAAAGGAAGAAGACAAAAAUGAACCUGGUUUUCAAUAUGUUAUUAUUUUUAUUUAGCAUUUUAUGGAUUGUCACCACAGCACAGUUAACACCGAUCAGAGAAGAAAUCUUUGAUUCAAGCGAACAGAGCAAACUACAAUGGACAUUUUCACCAACAAAAGCUUGGAAGGAAACACAAAUGCAGCUUGGAAAGGACUAUGCACACUCUAUCUACCAAGCUUGUAACCCCGAUUUCACAACAAAUACCAAAACAUUAUGGACCAACUGGAUCCCCAAACAAGAUGCCCAAGAGUUUCUACUUGACUUAAGUUUUGCCCAAGAGGACCAGCAGCCUCUAUAUAUCUAUGUGCAAGAAUCUAACCAACCUCAGAAACACUUUAGAGGAGCACGAAGACCUGUUCUCAGGAUCACAGUCGGUCAUCCAUUUCCUGCCGAUACUGUUCCUCGGGAUGAGGACCUGAGCCAUGCUAAGGCCCUUCAUUUGGGAAAGAUCUCUCAGAAUGGCUUUCACCUGGGAUUUUCUUACCGCGGUAAGUGCACUUACAUUGCUUCGAUCCAGGUGUUCUUCAUGAAAUGUCCAGCAUUUGCAUGGAACCAAAUGGAAUUUGAGGAAACGGUAGCAGGAGGUUUGAGGAGAGGAGUGUGUGUGAACGGUUCUGUGGAGAUCUCUAGCCCGCAGAUGGAGUGUCGAUCAAACGGGACGUGGGGUCCACCACCGCAGGGGUCAUGUGUCUGUGGUGCAGAAUACAAAACUGACGGAAACAGUUGCAAAGGAAGAGAUUCAUUCACAAAGCCCACUCAUGACCCAAAAGCUGAUUCCAGUCCUGUCCCAAAAUCCGAUUCCAGUCCUGUCCCAAAAGCCGAUUCCAAUCCUGUCCCAAAAGCUGAUUCCAGGUCUGUCCCAAUGGCAGGUUCCAGUCCUAACUCAAAAGCUGAUUUCAUUCCUGACCCAAAUGCUGAUUCCAGACCGGGCCUCUUCUCUGUCCUAACUGCUGUUCCAGUGUGUGGCGUCCUGUUUCUUCUCAUAGCUGCUCUAUUCAUCUUUGUAAGGCGUCACAAGCUCAGUGGGGGUCAAGAAACAGAGCUCAUAUCCAGGUCUGGUGUGACUCGAUAUCAACGUCCUAAACAACAAGAACACACAGCUGACCCUGAGCUAGUCAAUACUUAUUGGGCGGGCAGCAAAAAUGAAGCAAAUCAGAGUGGCGAAUAUAUGCCUCAUCCUCCCAGAAGUACAACACAUGGAGAGGGAGCGUCUCAGUGGGAUUGUGGAUGUGAGCGACUGCAUACUGACCCACUUCAGCAGGAAUGCACAAUGUCAGGCUCAGUUCAGAUGCUGGAAGGAAUGAGUGAUAUGCUGUGUGGUCUUCGAGAUGUGCUGGUGGAACGCACAAAGUUGACGAUGUGUCGAAUACUUGGGAAAGGAGAAUUUGGGGCCGUUUAUGAAGGCAUAUUUUCCCCUCAAAAAGGACAAGAUAUCAGAGUGGCUGUGAAAACCUCAAAAGAACCCAUCUACAGUAAAGAAGACCUGGAGUCCUUCCUCAAGGAGGCAGAAAUUAUGAAGCAUUUUGAUCAUGUGAAUGUCGUUAAAUUGCUUGGGGUUGCGCUAGAGCGAGAUCCAGAGUCCUCCAUCAUUGUACCGCUUGUUAUUCUUCCAUUCAUGAAGCACAGAGACCUACACAGCUUCCUCAAAGCAACCCGCUAUGGAGAUGCUCCCAUGUGUUUGCCUUAUCAGAGACUUCUACAUUUUAUGAUUGACAUUGCUGCAGGAAUGGAGUAUCUCAGCCUUCAGGGUUUCUUACACAGAGAUCUGGCUGCCCGCAAUUGCAUGUUGGGGGAUGACCUGCGUGUUUGUGUGGCUGACUUUGGCCUGUCUAAGCAGAUCUAUUCAAGUAACUACUAUAGGCAUAAGAACUGGACCAUUAAAUUGCCUGUAAGGUGGAUGGCAAUAGAGAGUGUGUCUGACAACAUAUUCACCACCAAGAGUGAUGUGUGGUCUUUCGGAAUAACCAUGUGGGAGAUCACAUCCAGGGGGAAGACACCUUAUCCAGGUGUCUCCAAUUAUGAGCUCCUGGACUUCCUGGAAAAAGGACACCGUCUCACACAAGGGGACAUUGACAGCAAAUUAUAUGAGGUUAUGUUGAGCUGCUGGCACAGAGAUCCCUCUCAGAGGCCAGGUUUUGGAGAGCUGGGCCAGAGCCUCAAAGCGCUUCUGUCUGCUCUUCCACCCCUGGAGGCCAGCAGGGAGUCCCACGACAUCAGCCUGGGGCUGGAGGAGGCCAGCGGUCACCGGGACAGCACAGAGGCCCUGGAGACUGAGGUGUAACCUGUUGGUGGCUGUGCGUGUCCCUGGAUGAGGAGGGACGUCUGCGGUGCAAUUAAGUGUGUGUGAUCCACACUAGGCCAUAUUAAAGUAUUACGAUGAGAUUUCAGUUCUUCUAAUGACAUAAAACUUUGCAUAUAAAACUAUAUCAUUUCCAUUGCUAGAAGGAAACGAGAGAACUGUUUUUAAUUCAUUGCGAUUCAUAUUUUUAUUACACUGUAAAUGUUGUAUUUUUGUGAUUUGUAUAUCAAAAGAUACCAAAUGUUGAAAGGUUUGGAAAAUGCCAGACAUCACAAAUUAAACAGCUCAGGAAAUUUUAAGAAAA